UGACGCUGGCGGCCUGACGGCGGCGCGUGCCGGGGCUGCUCCUGCCUUCCCAUCCCGCCCGGAGCGGCGUGGCAGGGAACCUCCGUACUGCGCGUUAGUCAUGGUGCCCUGGGCGGCGAUGCUUUAAACCACGUUCUUCCCGGCUGCAGCCGACGUCUCUCUGUGUCUCCCUGCGGUGGGCACGGGAAGGCACGGGCGCUGUCUUGAAGGCGGUGACAUAGGCGCGCCCCACCUGGUUCCAGCAGUAGGGUGGGCGGGGUAGCUCCGCAGGAGGGGCGCGUUUGAUUCCCCGGCUCCGACCCUCACUCGGGACCCUGGGUUGCUGGCGCCACCCGAGUCCGCGGACUCUGCAGAGCCUUAACGGGAGAGCCCCUUCUCGCAGCGCUUCCCGGGCCGGCACUGCUGGGCCGCCGCGCCUCGGCCGGACGCUCCCGCGGGUGUCCGGGCCCGCCCGGAAGGGGCGGCGGCCCCGGUGAUGGCGGACGAGGCGCUGUUCCUGCUGCUGCACAGCGAGAUGGUGGCGGGGCUGUACCGCGCCGCCGAGCAGGGCGAAGGGGAGAACGGGCGCUGCACCACCAAGCUGGAGAGCAUGGGCUUCCGCGUCGGGCAGGGGCUCAUCGAGAGGUUUACAAAAGAUACUGCCAGGUUCAAGGAUGAAUUAGAUAUUAUGAAGUUUAUUUGCAAAGAUUUUUGGACAACGGUAUUCAAAAAACAAAUAGAUAAUCUAAGGACUAAUCACCAGGGUAUUUAUGUCCUUCAAGACAAUAAAUUUCGUCUCUUGACACAAAUGUCUUCAGGAAAGCAGUAUUUAGAACAUGCACCAAAGUAUUUAGCAUUCACCUGUGGACUAAUCAGAGGGGGCCUAUCAAACCUGGGAAUAAAGAGUAUUGUAACAGCUGAAGUUUCAUCAAUGCCUGCAUCAUUUUUCAAGGUGGAAUUUGUUUGAAGCUGCUGGGCCACAGGAGUCCAUGUGAACUUCAGGGUAUGGCUUGCCACUAAAUCCUUUAGUACUUAGAAACCGACGGAGUGAUAAGCCUCCAUGAUGUUGAGUGUAAAGCAAAACUAAAAAGUUGUAUUUAUAUUUAGAAGCAUCAAAUGUGUAAGGAUGUGUGUCCAGAAAGUUAUUUGCACAAGUGAAGAUCUUUCUCUGUAGGAGUCAUUAAGAAAGUUAGUAAGUGAAGACCAUUUUAACUACAUAAGCUGCUCAACUGAAAGUUUUCCACAGACUCAGCACAAAUUUUAGAUGUAGCUCACAAAACUUCUGUGUUGUGGGAUGUAGUCAACUUACAGAAAAAAAAGAGAAAAGCUGUUCAGUGUGGAACUAAAAUUUAAAUGCUAAAUUUAAAUAAUGGAUCAACUGCUUACAAUUAAACUGUAAGAUUGAAAUCUUCCAUACUAUUUAUUUUUAAAAAAAAAUUACAAGAAAAUAAUGACUUGGAGAAAUAAUUCUAAUGGUAAUAAUGUGAUCUGACUCUGCUUUUC